UGCUGUGCGCCAUCUCGUCCGCAACCACCGAGGACUUCUUUUUUAUUUUUUUCCCCUUAAUUUCUCUUUUUUUUGUUUCGUUAAUUUUGGGAUAUUUUUGGGGACGAAGUGGGUGCUAACGUGCGGCGUAGGAGGAGGAGGAGGAGGAGGAGGGGCCAUGGCGAUGGAGGUGGAGAAGUACAACAAGAAGAACACGGCGGUGAAGCGGAUUCUUCAGGAGGUGAAGGAGAUGCAAUCCAAUCCCUCCGAUGAUUUCAUGGCCCUCCCGUUAGAGGAGAACAUAUUGGAGUGGCAGUUUGCUAUUUUGGGUCCACGUGACACCGAAUUCGAGGGUGGAAUUUAUCACGGGAGGAUCCAAUUGCCUGCGGAAUACCCAUUCAAGCCCCCGGCGUUCAUGAUGCUAACGCCCAAUGGUCGAUUUGAGACGCAGACGAAGAUAUGCCUCAGCAUUUCAAAUUAUCACCCUGAACAUUGGCAACCAUCAUGGAGCGUGCGUACGGCAUUAGUAGCUUUGAUUGCAUUCAUGCCAACCAAUCCGGGGGGGGCAUUGGGCUCACUUGAUUGCAAAAAGGAAGAACGGUGUGCACUCGCCAUCAAAUCACGGGAAGCACCACCGAAGUAUGGCAGCCCAGAACGUCAAAAAAUAAUCGAGGAGAUUCAUCGAUACAUGUUAAGUAAAGCUCCUCCUGUUCCUGCACAACUUCCAAGCACAACGCCAGAAGAAAAUUCAGGUACAGAAGACAAAGAAUCUGAAGACAAUUCUAGUUCAAAUGCUACCCCUGUGGAGGACGGGCCCAACCCAGAAGUGCGUGAGGAAGAAGUUAUGGAGGAGGUUCAUGAGGGCCACGUGGAAGCUGCCGUGGGCCAGCUGAGAGUUGGCUUGAGCUUGUCGAGGCAGCCAGAAGCCGAGGCACAGGUUGUUGAGCGGCCAAAAACUUCUGCAAAAGCUCAGAAACCCAUGGACGAUCGGCUCUUGACAUGGGCAGCUGUUGCAUUGACUGUCGCCAUUGUAGUACUGUUAGUAAAGAAAUUUGUGAAGUCGCAUGGCCUAAUUGGUUAUUUUAUGGAUGGGUCCUAAACUGCAUAGUAUAGGAUGUAGGGUUUUUUUGUACUUAUAACCCUGCAAAUAUACUAAAUUGUGCAAAUAUUCUAGAAAAGUUGGUAUUUGUUUGUGUAUCCUAAAGCAUUGCUUCUUUGUGUGCAUGCCAUGCCCUUCUAGAGGUAUGCACCCAACUAUUUUUGCAUAAAUGACCUGAUAGAGGAGUGAAUGCACAUGGAAAUAGCUUUCAAGGCCACGCACGCCAAACUACUUGGGAGGAUGUGCGUGCAAAACCUUCGGCUGUUUCGUAGAUACCCCCAUCAGGGCAUGCGUACAAAUAAGCAAGGUUUCCAAGGGUAUGCAUGCGGAUCCUAAUUUUGUAGCAUUAUUUGCAGAAUUUUGCAUAUUUGUUAGGGAGCAUAUAUGCAAAAAGGCUCGAGGAUUCGAUGGCCAAAAAUAAAGGACGUGUUGGUUUAUCCUAUGAUGUAAGGAUUGUCUAUUAAAACAAAUCUCUCUCUGCAAUAUAUAAAUAGAAGCGCAUUUUGGUAACUAA